AUGUCAUACGGACAAUACACCCAAAAUCUUUCCGAACCUGCAGCCAUAGCUAUUGGCGAGCUUCUGGCUUGUGACCCGACUAAUGGCCCAGAUUAUGGCGCGGACGUUCUGAAUCCGAGACCCUGGUCAGCAGAUGUUCGAACAUGCUGGAUACAACUUCGCAAUAUUAUCAAAAGAGAAGGCGCAAAUGAGGUGGACUGGACCCCGGAGCAAUGGAAAUUGAUGCGUGUGGUUCGAGAGUUGCGAGAAUACUUCCUUUCUCUUCAGACAUCGUCGGCUUCCACUGCUUGGACUGAAGAUGAGGCAAAGGCUAUGGAUGGCCUUAUUAAGCGCAUUCCCGAGCCGCCAUCUCUGGCUCUAGAGGACGAGGAGGAUAUUCGAAAAGAACUCCCUUUUCAGACCCUUCGACUUGGUAUUUUCCUUGCGGACCAUAAACUUCGCGAGUUGGAGCAUAAAGCAGGACCAAGUCGUCGUUGA